CGUCUCUCCUUCCCCCCCCGCCAAGGAGAGGAGAGGGGGUCUCGCUGCUCCUCGCCCCGGCGCGGGGCCUUGGAGCGCGCUGCAGGACGUGACUGCCAGGCCCCAGCGUCUCCUUUAGAAAGACUUCUGUGUAAUAAGAGACUAAGAAUAGAAAGCAGCUACCAGACUUGCAUCAUAGUUUUCUGUUCAUGUGGUGGACGAUACCAGAGUAGUCAACUUGCCUAUAUUUUGGUGACCUAGAAGCAUAGCUGGUUUGAGAUCGUACAUGGGUAUUCUGAAACUACAGGAUUCAUUUAUGAUGUGCUUUUGAAAGAAGAAUAGAGAAUCCAUUGCACACUGACACUUUUUGGAAAACUCUCCUUCUAAUGUAUUUUGCAAACAAAUUUUUGAAUUAAAUAGAAUUUCAUCAUGGGAGGAGCAGUGAGUGCUGGAGAAGACAAUGAUGACUUAAUUGAUAACUUGAAAGAAGCUCAGUAUAUUCGCACUGAGAGUGUGGAGCAAGCCUUCAGAGCAAUUGAUCGUGGUGAUUACUAUCUGGAAGGAUACAGGGACAAUGCUUAUAAAGACUUGGCCUGGAAGCAUGGAAAUAUACACUUGUCAGCACCUUGCAUUUAUUCUGAAGUCAUGGAAGCACUGAAGCUUCAGCCUGGAUUAUCUUUUCUAAAUCUGGGUAGUGGAACCGGAUAUUUGAGUACAAUGGUGGGAUUAAUAUUAGGACCUUUUGGGAUAAAUCAUGGAAUAGAGCUUCAUUCAGAUGUGGUAGAAUAUGCCAAGGAAAAAUUGGAGAGCUUCAUAAAAUAUAGUGAUAGCUUUGAUAAAUUUGAGUUCUGUGAACCUGCCUUUGUGGUUGGUAAUUGUUUGGAAAUAGCCUCAGACAGUCAUCAGUAUGACCGGAUUUACUGUGGAGCUGGAGUCCAGAAAGACCAUGAAAACUACAUGAAAAUUUUAUUGAAAGUUGGAGGCAUUUUAGUAAUGCCUAUAGAAGAUCAGCUAACACAAAUCCUGAGAACAGGACAGAACACGUGGGAAAGUAAAAAUAUCCUUGCUGUUUCAUUUGCUCCACUAGUGCAACCAAACAGAAACGACAGUGGCAAACAUGACACUGUGGGACUGCCUCCAUGCGCUGUUAGGAAUCUCCAGGACCUAGCUCGAAUCUAUAUCAGACGCACCCUUAGAAACUUCAUAAAUGAGGAGAUGAAAGCGAAGGGUAUUGCUCAGAAGGCUCCUCCAAAACGAAAACGCAGGAGAUGUCGUAGACGCAGGAUUAACACCUAUGUAUUUGUUGGUAAUCAACUCAUUCCUCAACCUCUAGACAGUGAAGAAGAUGAAAAGAUGGAAGACGAUAACAAAGAGGAAGAGGAUAAAGAUCACAGUGAGGCCUUGAAGCCAGAAGAGCCUCCUCGAAAUCUGCUGAGAGAGAAAAUUAUGAGUCUACCAUUACCUGAAUCUUUAAAAGCAUACUUGACCUAUUACAGAGAGAAAUAACUUGUUUUAAGUAGAAAUAAUGCCUACUGAUAGUUCCUUUAUUCUUGAAAAUGUAGCAUUUAUUAAGAAAUAGAUGGACAAAUUAUUAUUAGUCUUUCAUCAAGACUGAAGUACAGUGAUAUAUUGUUACUUAUCUCUAUCUUGUCUUUGCUACAAGGAAGACUUGCAUUCAACAGUAGAAUCCCUUUUUAAAAAUCUAUUUUUCUUUAAAUUUUGAAAAUGCUGUUUUAACUCUGAUAGAAAUAUAUAUUCCAUUAUGCAGCACUAAUCAAUAUUUUGCAUGGUAAGUCUUUUUUGAUCCCUAACAGGUUUGUAUUGAUAAAAGGGUGAGUGGAAUUUUAUAUAUGCUAAAUAAUUGUUAAACAUACGCAUCUAACUUUAGCAAUUUGUCUGUAUUUAUUCUUAGGGGAACAGUUUAAACAUUCAGACACUUAUCUCCAGAUGUUAGAAUCGAACCCUUCUCAAAGUUUAUUUUGCUAUGGCUUUGUUGCAAUCAUUAUUACUAUGUUGGUGUAAGUGUAUUCCAACAACACAAGUGCAAUAACUGUAUACAGACACUGAAUGAGUUGGCUUUAAUGAAACAUGAAAAUAUAAGUUCUGACAUGUCAGAUGGCCCCGCUGUUCUGCAUUUAUGUUUUGCCAAAAGAUCUCAAAAAAAGUAACAGGUUCUCUCAGAUCCUUAAAGAAACAUCAUAUUGAAUAUAAAAUGAAGCAAUGCUUACUUCAGCUCUGCUUAUUUAACUCAGUUGUACACUUUCAGUAUUUCUAACUAGAGGCACUUCCUCAUUUGCAGGAAGCUUAGGACAGCGCAUCUUGUUUAUUUCUAAAGCUCACAGCAUUGAGACACAACAUUUGAUAAUAAGGAUUGUAAUUUAGAUCUCAAUCAUCUAUAUUUACUGCUUUUAAGUAGAGGUAGAAUUUAGAUAACAUUUAGUUUGUAUUGCUUAUUGGGAUAGCUAUAGUAAUAGAAGUUAGGAUUAAUUCAGUUAAUGCACUUUAAGUGGAUUUUAUACUUAACAUGCAUCUCCAAGAAGGUAGACUUGUGCUAGCCUGUAUUUUGUUUCUGAACAUGGCUCUUAGCACAGAAAAUAUUUAUAAAAUCAUAUGCAUCUUUUGGAAACCUAAGAGUAGCGGUGCAACUGUGGGAACUUGCAAGAGUGCUGAUUUAAAUACUUUUAUAGUUUUCCUCUCUGUUUGAUAAAGUUACUUGCAGUUCUUUAGCUUUGUUUGCUUUUACCAUCUUAUUUCUUCAUUCUCUAUUAUAACAUAACCACGAGGGAAAUGUUGUUUAUUAAGAACUUAGCAUGAUGUGUAUUAGAAGCCGUGAUCAUUGGUCAUAUCUACCUGUUGGACCCAGUGGAAAACAUUCCCCUUGAAAUAUCCUGCGCAAUACAUUUAUAAUACUGAUAAUGUGACUUUUUCUAGUGUAAUAAUAAAGCAGGAAAGCAAAAUAAUCAUAUCUUUUUGCAUCAGUUAAGUUUCUUAGUCUGGAUAUUCAUAACCAGACAAUAUUCAUGUUGUCUAACAGUCCAAUACUUUAAAAUGUGAGCAUUUUGAUGCAUCUGAGAAGGAAGAUAGUACAUAAUCCCAUGAUACUGACUCUUCAGUGUGCAUUUCAUGCUAUAGUCAUUGUUUUUAAGAUGCAUCAUAGUAAUGUUUAAAUGGAGCUUCAUAAAGGCCUGUUGUACCAGCAUGUGGAGUUACUUUCCGCAAUAUAUUUACAGUAUAAGUAAACAAAACUAUUUGAAAUAAGUAUUCUGACUUUAUUUUAAAAGGAGGAAAAACUAUUAGGAAAGUUUUCCAAAAUAAUGGUACUUAUAAGUAUAUAUACUUAUUAUAAGUAAUUGUGAUGUUUGAGCUCUAAGAACUGAACAUAACCUUUUUUAAUGGAUUAUUUUAGAUGGAGUUUAAAUGAUCUGAAGUUUGAGAUGUUUUGUGUCUCUCCUCCUUUCUUGGAAUCUACAUCCAUAAGCUCAAGAAUAUGAGAUUACUAAAUAUUACUUAUACUUUAAGGACUUUAUACAGGAUGCUUUUGGAGAAUAACUUUCUGCAUUUUUUCACUCCUGUAUACUUGGAAAAAUGGACAAUGGAUGAUUUGUCAUAAUUAUUCAGUAUGUAUUUUUUUGAGUCACUAAAAGAGAAUGUGUUUUCUUCUGUGUUUUAUAUGUGGAUUUAUUUUACACUCUUGAAUUUAUAUUUACAUAAAUAAAAAGGUAGAAAUGCAGAAUGAAUUAAAACUUAAUUUUUGCCAUCUCAGUUGAUGAUGGGGACAUUGUUGCAAUAAAAUGGAUUUUUGGUGGUUUC